UACACAGAGAGCAUGCUGUUCCCCUGAGAGACAGGGACUAUGCCACUACUGCUACCAAUGUCGAAAUUGAGGGGGAGCAGCUGGACCAGGGCUCGGACAAUCUCACUGGACCAGAGGUAGACAAGAUCUGUCUUUAAGGUGUUCUCUUGACAAAUACACUGAGUAUACAAAACCUUAAGAACACCUGCUUUUUUCAUGACAUAGACUGACUAGGUGAAUCCAGGUGAAAGCUAUGAUACCUUACUGAUGUCACUUGUUAAAUCCACUUCAAUCAGUGUAGAUGAAGGGGAGGAGACAGGUUAAAGAAGGAUUUUUAAGGUGCAACUCAAAAUUAGGAAUGUGUUCCUAAUGUUUGGUAUAGUCAGUGUUUAAAGACACCACACAAUCCCACUUUAAGGAAUUUUCAAGGAGGAGAACCAUACUAGUGUGCCAUACUUGUGGUGCACCAUUGACUGUUUAAGGAAGUAGUUCUGGUUUAAUCUGGCUAUAAGACUAAACCUCCUAUGUAAGAUACUUAGACCUAUUCAUAGCCACUCGAUCUGUAUCACUGCUCGUGCUGUAACAACAUUCAAAGCAACACAGUUCAAGAAGAAUAGCCAGACUCGCUAAGCUCGGGAUUUACUAGGCUAAGUUGUCUGGUUUGGGCUAGUCAAACUGUUCUGGCAACAAGAGUUGAUAAGAUGUGGAAAGAGUUGAAGAAAAACCAGCUAGUCAAGUACGGCGCUGUGACCACAGUGACAACCAUCAUGCCGUUUGUCUCCAAACCAGGCUAUGUUUUACUGCGAAAGUGGAUCGCCGGUGGGAUAUGCCGCAGCCGUGCCAAACUGCAUGGAAGGACUGUGGUGAUCACUGGUGCCAACACUGGCAUCGGCAAGGAGACGGCCUGGGAUAUGGCCAUGAGAGGAGCUCGGGUCAUCAUGGCUUGCCGAGAUCUCACCAGAGGAGAAGCAGCUGCAGCAGAGAUCCGCAGUUCCACAGGAAAUACUAACGUGGUGGUGCAACAUCUAGACCUGGCCACCCUCGGUUCAGUACGUCAGUUUGCUCGGGAAUUCAUUGCCACAGAGACCCGUCUGGACAUACUUAUCAACAACGCAGGUAUAAUGCUGUGUCCCAAAAGCCUCACAGUGGAAGGUUUUGAGAGUCAAUUUGCCGUCAAUCACCUAGGUCACUUCCUAUUGACCAAUCUGCUCCUGGACAUGCUGAAAGCCUCCACCCCCAGCCGCGUCAUCAAUGUGUCUAGCAUCGCUCAUCAAGGCGGGAAAAUCCACUUUGAAGACCUUAAUUUUGAUAAGAAAGGUUACAACUCAGUAAUCGCCUAUAAGCAGAGUAAACUGGCCAACCUCCUCUUCUCUAGGGAGCUGGCACGAAGGACCAAAGGUACGGGAGUGACGUCGUAUUCCCUGCACCCUGGAGUUAUCCGGACAGAGCUGUGGCGCCACUCGCAGUCAAAGUACCCCACGUUGAGUGCCAUGCUGUCAGCCCCCGCCUGGCUCCUGAUGAAGACCCCCAGGGAGGGUGCCCAGACCACCAUCUACUGCGCCGUCAAUGAGGGGCUGGAGGAGAAGAGUGGCUGCUACUUCAGUGACUGUCAGGUAAAGGAACCAGCUCCUGAGGGAAGAGAUGAUCUUGCAGCACUGAGACUAUGGGGUGUUAGCGCCGGGCUAGUAGGACUCAUUAAGAACAACUGAACAACUCGCCUUGCAACAAGGUGAAACUCCCAACCCCACCUGCCAAGGCCCCCCGAAUACUGCCAUAUUUUUUCCAUGUUGGCUCUUAACUUUCAUAUCAGAAGGGUAAUUGUAAUAUAUCCUGUAUUCUAUAUAUAUAUAUUGUGGGAAAAUACACAUUUUCUGUACUAUAACCUCAGCAAAAAAAGAAACGUCCUAUUACUGUCAACUGCGUUUAUUUUCAGCAAACUUAACAUGUGUAAAUAUUUGUAUGAACAUAACAAGAUUCAACAACUGAGACAUAAACUGAACAAGUUCCCCAGACAUGUGACUAACAGAAAUUGAAUAAUGUGUCCCUGAACAAUGGGGGGGUCAAAAUCAAAAGUAACAGUCAGUAUCUGGUGUGGCCACCAGCUGCAUUAAGUACUGCAGUACAUCUCCUCCUCGUGGACUGCACCAGAUUUGCCAGUUCUUGCUGUGAGAUGUUACCCCACUCUUCCACCAAGGCAUCUGCAAGUUCCCGGACAUCUCUGGGGGGAAUGGACCUAGCCCUCACCCUCCAAUCUAACAGGUCCCAGAUGUGCUCAAUGGGGUUGAGAUCCAGGCUCUUCGCUGGCCAUGGCAGAACACUGACAUUCCUGUCUUGCAGGAAAUCACGCACAGAACGAGCAGUAUAGCUGGUGGCAUUGUCAUGCUGGAGGGUCAUGUCAGGAUGAGGGAGGAGGAUGUCUUCCCUGUAACACACAGCAUUGAGAUUGCCUGUCAUGACAACAAGCUCAGUCCGAUGAUGCUGUGACACACUGCCCCAGACCAUGACGGACCCUCCACCUCCAAAUCGAUCCCGCUCCAAAGUACAGACCUCGGUGUAACGCUCAUUCUUUCAACAAUAAAUGUGAAUCCGACCAUCACCCCUGGUGAGACAAAACUGAGACUUGUCAGUGUAACGGAUGGGAAACGGCUGGCUUAGUUAGCGGUGCGCGCUAAAUAGUGUUUCAAUCGGUGACGUCACUUGCUCUGAGACCUUGAAGUAGUAGUUCCCCUUGCUCUGCAAGGGCCGCGGCUUUUGUGGAGCGAUGGGUAACGAUGCUUCGUGGGUGACUGUUGUUGAUGUGUGCAGAGGGUCCCUGGUUCGCGCCUGGGUAUGGGCGAGGGGACGGUCUAAAGUUAUACUGUUACAUCAGUGAAGAGUACUUUUUGUCAGUCUGUCCUGUCUAUUGCGGACAGUCUGAGCACUCUUGGAGGGAUUGUGCGUUCCUUGUGUAACUUGGGCAGUUUUGUUACCAUCCUUUACCUGUCCUGCAGGUGUGAUGUUCGGAUGUACCAAUCCUGCGCAGGUGUUGUUACACGUGGUCUGCCACUGUGAGGACGAUCAGCUGUCCAUCCUGUCUCCCUGUAGUGCUGUCUUAGGGGUCUCACAGACAUUGCAAUUUAUUGCCCAGGCCACAUCUGCAGUCCUCAUGCCUCCUUGCAGCAUGUCUAAGGCACGUUCACGCAGACGAGCAGGGACCCUGGGCAUCUUUCUUUUGGUGUUUUUCAGAGUCAGUAGAAAGGCCUAUUUACUGUCCUAAGUUUUCAUAACUGUGACCUUAAUUUCCUACCUUCUGUAAGCUGUUAGUGUCUUAACGACUGUUCCACUGGUGUAUGUUCAUCAAUUGUUUAUGGUUCAUUGAACAAGCAUGGGAAACAGUGUUUAAACCCUUUACAAUGAAGAUCUGUGAAGUUAUUUGGUUUUUCAGAAUUAUUUUUCAAAGACUGGGUCCUGAAAAAGGGACUUUCUUUUUUUGCUGAGUUUAUAUUGUGGGAAAAUACAAAUGCAUCAAUGCUUGUAUCAUGUUUUAUUAUAAUACUGUAUGUUUUGAUCCCAUUUUUUUACUGUAUUGAAUUGCAUUGCAGUUUAUUAUUGUUACAAUGGUCUUCAUGCUGUUGAAUAGACUGACGAAUGUAAUAAAAUUCAGUAUUUUUCAUGUUUUA